AUGGCAGCCCGCCGCGUCUUGCUGCUGGCCGCCGCCGCCGUCGCGGGCGCUGGCGCCCAACUGCAGCUUCCCUGGACGACCGACGUCGGGAACACGACGUUCGGCCCGGACGGGCCGUGGCAAGCGGUGCUCGUCAAGCUCAACGGCACGGGGUCGCAGAUGCAAGAGGUGCCUCUGUGGCCCGGCGGCUCCGGCGUCUCCGAGAUCCCCACGGCGGACAACGGCGGCGCGUACAACAUGCCCUCGAGCGCCGUCCGCACGGGUCGCUCGCGGGCCGCCUCGGACAAGUGGUUCAGCACCGUCUUCAUGGAGUCCGAGUGGUCCGGGUUCGAGUAUUGGGACGGCAUGGAGCUGGAGCCGAGGUUCGGCAGCGGCACCCAGAUCACGGCCAACGCGACCUUUGUGGCCGCCACCAAGUGGACGGGCAGCGCCCCCCUGAACGAGACGGACUACAGACCCUCCGUCGGCAUCCUGGGUUUCGCGCCACGCAGUGAGAGAAGCGACGACACCACGGUGCCCUCCAUCCUCGAGCAGCUCAAAGCAUCCGGUGACAUCGACAGGAACGCCUUCAGCGUGCACGUCGGGAGCGCCGCGCUCGGCCUGCCCGGGUCCCUGGUCCUCGGCGGCUACGAGCGGAACAGGGCCCUCGGCCAGGUCGGCACCUUCACCCUCACGGACAGCAUCCCGAUCAUGUACCUCCGCGACGUCGUCCUGGACGUCGAGGUCGGCACCUCGACCUCUUACGCGGAGGGAGGCAACGGCAGCUUCUGGCAAGAGUCCACCGAGACCGGCGAGCAGUACACGAAAUACGUCGGCGGAGCCCCCGGGUCCGUGGUCGUGAUCCCGAACCCGGCGUCCCCGUACAUCUACCUGCCCCCGGGCUUCUGCGAGGCGAUCGCGACCAGCCUCCACAUGACGCGCCACGACGCGACGGGCCUGUACCUCUGGGAGCGGAGCACGCAAGCCGAGCUGUUCGUCAACUCGUCGUCGUACCUCGGCUUCGUCCUCUCGGACCAGAGCGCGACGAACCUCACCAUCAAAGUGCCCUUCACGCUCCUCAACCUGACGCUGGAGCCGCCGCUGGCGGAGCGGCCUGUCAGCUACUUCCCCUGCAAGUCCAUGGAAUCCCCCUACGGCUUCUGGCAGCUCGGCCGGGCCUUCUUGCAGGCGGCGUUCCUGGCCAUCGACUACGAGGGGGAGGUCGCGUACAUGGCGCAGGCCCCCGGGCCGCACCUGGAGCAGAGCGUCGUAAAGAAGCUGGACGGCUCGGCCGUCGAGACGAACCCGGCCGAGUCCUUCGCCAAGACCUGGCAGGAUCACUGGCAGCCGGUCUACAUGGACCGCAGCAGCUUCGACGCCAGCGACGACGAGCGCCUGUCGGCCGGCGGCAAGGCGGGCGUCGCCGUCGCUGGGGUGGCCGUGACCGCCCUCUUCGUCUCCGGGCUCUGGUUCUGGUGGCGCCGCAAGAGAGGCAAAGGCCAGGAAACCGAUGCCGGCAGCGGCAGCCAGGCGGGCUCGUCCGGGGAGAGCUUCAUGGAUCACGGAGCCGAACAGAAGAUGCUGAGGGUGGACAAAGCCACCGAGCUGGAUGGGCACACGCAUGCCGUCGAGCUCGACCCUCGUACGCCGCCGGUUGAGAUGGGAGCGCCAUUACCGCACGAGAUGGGCUCUCAUACCGAAUCUACCCGGACGGUUAGACAUGAAGUUCCAAGCGACUCCGUAGUGUACGAGUUGCCUACUCCAACGGCUACGCCAGAUAGGGCAGCCGCUGGGAAGUGA